AUGAAAUACCUUUUUAUUUUUAUUUUGGUUGUUUCUUACGUAUUUGCUCAAGACAAAUUUUACGAUAGGCGUUACGAUUAUUAUGAUAUAGACUAUUUUUUUGAGAAUCUUAGACUGUUAAAAAAGUAUUUGGACUGUUUCUUAGAUAAAGGACCGUGCGCACCUGUGGGAAGAGUGUUUAAAGCUGUACUGCCAGAAGUUGUUCGAACUGCAUGUGCAAAAUGUACACCAUCACAAAAAAGAUUCGCUCGAAGAACGUUCGAAGCGUUCCAAAGAUAUUUACCAGAAAGUCACUCAGAGCUUAAGAAAAAACUUGAUCCAGAAAACAAGUACUUCACAACUUUUGAGACGGUUUUAUCGACAGCU